AUGGUUCGCGCACUCUUGGGCCCGCUUCUGCUCGCCGCCACCGCGCUCUCUGGCGUCAACGGCUAUUUUUUGUUCGCGAUGAAUAAUGUCAUUACCACCGAGCGCAUCGACCCCAUCGUCAGUCCUGGGAAGGUUUCUGGACAUGUUCACACCAUUGUUGGUGGAAGCAACUUCCGUGUCUCGACCAACACCAGCUUCCUCCGCAAGAGCGAGUGCACUUCCUCGCCUAUCAAGCAGGACAAGUCGAACUACUGGGCACCCACUCUCUACUUCCAGUGGAAGAAUGGGUCGUUUUCCAGCGUCAACGGCAGCCCCGUCAUGUGCGUUGUUCUCUACUACCUCUUUUCCGACACUCCCGGCGUUACGACGCCCUUUCCUGACGAUUUCCGCAUGCUUUCUGGCACCCCGACUCUGCGAUCGUACAAUCCCAAUGACUUUGCCCAGCAGGCAGUGACCUUCCUCUGCCUCGACUUCAGUGGCACAUCCACCAAAUUCAACCAGCUUCCCUCGCAAUCCUGCCCUAGUGGAAUCCGUGCCCAGAUCAACUUCCCGUCUUGCUGGGACGGUGUCAACAGCGACUCGCCAGACCACAAGUCCCACGUUGCCUUCCUCUCUGGCGGCCCCGAUUCGGGUACAUGCUCGGACAAACGUUUCCCGAAAACCCUGCCACGCAUUUUCAUGGAGAUGUACCUUGACACGGGCUCCUGGGACAAGUUCCGCGACCAGGCGAUGAACCCCAACCAGCCCUACGUCUACGCAAUGGGCGACCCCACCGGCUAUGGAUACCACGCUGGUGAGUGCUAUCGCCGCCUCUAUGACGGAUGUCCAUCCAUCUUGACAAUACGUCGCGGGGCACGAGUUAUGCCGCUGUUGCUGAUACGGCUAUUUACAGACUUCAUCAUGGGCUGGGACGCGGGCGUGCUUCAGAAUGUCGUUGACAAGUGUCAUUGCGACCCGUUCGGUGACCCGACCUGCUGCUCCAACCAGGGCAUCUUCAACUUCGAGAAGGGCGGAAACUGCAGAAUCACCAAGGGCGUUGACGAAAUCACAACUGGAACUCUGGCUUCCCUUCCAGGAAACAACCCCGUUGUUGGUGCCGGUCAGACUGCGCAGAACCUUGCAGCGCCUGUGACCCCUGCGCUUAUCUCGCCCGUUUUUGCGUAUACAGGGGACAGCCCUAGCCAAACGGGGAGCCCCGUUGGGCCCGCCACCACCCAAGCUCCUACCAGUGGCGGAAACUCCGCUGGUUCUGGUUCUGGCUCGUCUUCGUCCAGCUCUGGCUCUUCUGGUGCAGGUUCGGCGCCUCCUGCUGAUGGUGGAUCGAGUUCAAACUCCGGUUCAACGAGUGGAAAUUCUUCUCCUUCGACUGGUGGAGGAUCUAGCUCUAAUUCCGGGUCGUCUUCGUCAUCGGGCGCUUUACCGCCAGCCAACGGUGGUACUCCCGACAAAGGCGCUUCCGGCCCGGGAUCGUCCAACUCAAGCUCGAAUCCGCCAACAUGCAAACCCAAGCACAAAGCCCGUCGCAGCGUUGCUGCUGGCGUCCAGGCGCAUUCCCGCCGUCGUCGUUUCUCCACCCCCCAAAGCCGCUUCAUCGAUCACGACUUUUAA